CAUGACGCCCCGACGCGGACAACGAUGAUGAGCUGGGUGGUGUUGCUGGCCCUGCUGCAAUGGAGGGUGGCUGCCUCGUCGAAUGAACCAAAUGCAACCUACGCACUGCGAGGGAUUCUGGCAGCCAGCGGCGAUGGUGGCAGUUUCGUUGGUGAGGUCUCACCGGAGUUUAGAUACAAGCAGAAGAACCAGCUAAGCGCACACCUGCAUCGAGAAGACAGUCAGUUGUGUCUGUUUGUAUGCUUGUCUGUUUCUCUGUUUGUCUGUCCCCUGUGUGUGUGCGCAGUUAUUUUGUCCACAUCACGGACACCCACCUUCUCGUGACGUACAGAGCCGACUACGGCCGUAAGACAGUGCACGGAGUGGAACCAGAAUGCGUCGUUGUCUCCCCAUGCGUGCAAACGUGCAGCGCCUUGCCACCCCGACCCGCGAUACAUCAGGAAGAACAAGGUAUCCUGUCUGUCUGUCUGUCCGGUUGAUGCUCUUGUUAUCCCGUCUGUCUGUCUGUCUUGUUGAUGCUCUUGUUCAAGUUGACUGGCAAUGAGGGCAACCGCUUCUUGAAGCCAGCUCCCGUGGGCAGGAUUGGGUGCGAUCCCCCCCUUAACCUCGUCAUGUCCGUGGCCAAGAAGAUCCAUCACUUCAGCAAACUGAGGUCCCAUCCUCCAAGCUUCGUCAUGAUGACGGGCGAUGUCGCUGGACACGGCAUUGACGAAUACCAGGUACACACUCAGUCAUUUGCACAGACACACACAGACACAGACAGACAGAUAGACAGACAGACGCAAAUCAAUCGUCACAAGUGUGUGUCCUCCUGGCUGCCUUUCUUGCCUUAUGCUCAUUCAGUUCAAAGACACACUCCGGUCAGGGGGCAGGCACUUCACUGUGUGUGUGCGUGUGUGUGGUUUGUUGCCGUCUCGUUGAUCUAUUUCUGUCCACCAAUGUCAAUCUGCCUGCAUUUCAUGUAUGCAGGUUCCGCGCAAUACACCAGUUCAUCUGGAGUGUCUCAUACCAGAUCGACCUCGCGAAAGUCCCCUUUGUCUUCUGCCCCGGCAACAACGAUUUGUGGUCAGACAGAAAAAUGCCUUUAAUCCUCCUUCUGCCUCCUUGUUCCAGGUACAACAAUUUCAUCAAUACGAGCCUCACGUUAAUCGACAUUGAUAAGGAGCCAGAUGUGAUGGAGGUGUGCUGGGGAGACAUCCAGUUCAUCUUCGAUGAAGACCUGACCGUACUGGCGCGCUGCGAGAUGGCGCUGCGGCAGGUGGGCUGGCAGCCAGCACUCUGGCACCUUCUCAGAGACUAUAUCGGGCUCUUCGCCGCCGACAAAGAAGACCAAUCGCAGGUACAAGAGUCAUGAAAACGACACAUCGCCCUUUAGGGCUUGAUCACUUAUGCGUGCAGACAUUCCGGUUGGGCCUGUUCCAUGCCGUUGAGAUGCCUCCGCCUUCGAGCGUCAGGAUCAUAUCGCUAAAUACGAUGCUCUGGGGCAAGUACCGCCGGCCGGACGACAAGCAGUUCCCGUGGAACAGGGCGGGCGUCAACCCCGAGUCAUGGCCUGACCCCCGUAAGCAAACCGUCUGUUGGUGUCACUUGUGAGUGAAUGAAGAAUGAAUGAAUGAGUGUAGUCGGGCAGUUUGCCUUUAUUCGGAAGCACUUGGACAGAGCGAAGGCCAAGGGGCAGAAGGUAAGCGAGCUUGGUGGAGUGAGCAGAGACAGCGACCUGAUGGAAUAAUGAGUGAGCGCGCCUUUCCUUCUCGGCUGGCUGUUCGAUCUGGCGGAGAGCAGGUGUACAUUAUUGGUGAGCAGGGCAGACACAGGGAAGCCAAUCACAUGUCGAAUGCUGUGGCUCGUCACGUCAGGUCAUCAAUUUCCUGGAAUUCAUGCGUACGAAUCGGGCAAGAAAUACGUAUUCGAGGCGGAAUGGCAGGAGUAUUACUUCCGCAAGUGAGCGAGCAGCCAUUCUUGAUGUGUCUCGUGGCUGCACUCACUUCACUGUCUGUGUGCAGGUUCCAGCAGAUCAUGUAUGAAUACAGAGACACCAUCCCAGCUCUCUUUGCAGGACACAUACACGGUGUGUGACACAGGAAUGGAUGGGGGAUGGAAUGGAGGAAUGCUACACACACUGCUCGCACCCAUUACGCCAAUAACGAUGUCUCUCGUGCAGGCGAUUCCUACCGAGUACCAUACUUCAAACCAGACAUGUCUCCGGCCGCCGCCGGUACUGCCGCGCCAGGAGAGGGGACGGAAAUGUGGGAGUGGCCUCCCUCCGCCAGAGAAGUAUCAUCCCGAGCUCCAGCAGCUGCCGCCCAUUUUCAUCGGAGGCGCCAUCUCCCCCAACCUAGCCAACAAUCCGAUGUACGUAUUUACGCAUAUUCAUGGGGCUGAAUGGUGUUUGUGCUCGAUGGACCGGCUGGCUGACCGAUCAGGUUUGCCGUCAGGGAAUACAACCCAGAACACAAGUAAGCGGACAGCCAACACACGCACGCCGGCCACCGGUGCCUUCAUUGCAUACCGAAACACAUAUGCGCACAGAAACAUCGUGGAUUCGUUGGGCUACUACCUGCCACUGGCGCAGAGCAACAAUUUCGCUAGUCGGUUUGUGGAGUCCCGUCCGCACCUGGUGCUGCUUGAAUGUUCACUCCGAACUUGCCCAUCUCAGGUCGGCGGCACGACAUGGACAUAACGGCUGACGACUGGGCAUUCGAGUACCGAUUUACCGUAAGCACGACGUAAGCUCGACCGGAUGUACCUUAUCUCUCUCCCUCUCUCUCUCCCUGUGUGUGUGUGUGUGUAUGUGUCUGUCUCCGUGUGUCUCUGUGUGUGUGUGGAUAUAUCUAUCGGUCUACAGGACGCCUACAACGUGCAAGAAACGGACCCCAACACCCUCACCCACCUCGUGACGCGCAUCUCGGAUGCCAGGAGCAGAGAAAAGGCGUACGUCAGCCCAUGAGACACAAGCACCAACACACACGAACCUUUCUGUCCGUCCGUCUGCCUGUCUCUCUCUCUCUCUCUCUGUCUGUCGUCUGUCUGCGUGCCAAAGCAUCUUCUGGAAUUACUAUUUCGGAUCACCCAACUUCCCCCACAUGGAGUGCAUCAUGACCUCCCUCGGCUCAUACGAUGGUGAUUGAGGCACUCACUGUGAUCGAUCUCCUGCACCUUCAAUUCUGGAAUCUCUGCGCCACCUGCAGGCGGCUACUGCCCGUUGGAUGUCGACUAUAGCCCCAAAUCAUCGUGGCCCGGAGGCGGUCAGAAGGGACCGGGUUUGGACGCGCUGUAUGCCUGAUUGAGCGGCGGAGCGAGUGAGUAAGACAUACAUGUAUGAGCUUUGUGACGCUUCGCGGUUGAGUAGCUGGGCCU